AUGACCGAGUCUCCAUGCGGCCAAGCGGAGAUUCUUAAGGGUGAAACAGUCACACACAUCAAACCUGUCUUCGCUGCGAUGUCUAACAAGCGCACGUGCGAACAUCUUUACGACGCGCUACUGCACUUGACUGGGUCCUUUGCUGGUGCUCGUCAGCUGACUAGCGCCGGAUAUCUUCCGAUAGUACUUGACCAUCUUAAAGGCUGCCGCCUGAAUGAUGCACUUCGCAUCCGAGCGCUAAAGCUGCUGAAAAACCUACUGAACGAUGGCGUGGCCGGUACAACGUUUCGCGCGCUGGAGUUAGAAGUCGUGGCUCAAUGUGUGAAGAGGCUUCACUCGCCCAACUUUGAGGUGCGAGCGGUAGCUUGCAAUGCUGUAGCGGCCCUGGGCUUCACGGACAAGGCACGCAAGGCGGUGGUCGAACAUGGUGCAGUGGUUCCUCGACUGUGUGCCUUACUGACGGAUCCACAGUGGCACGUGGCGUCAGCUAGCGCCGGAGCACUCAUGAGUCUUGCAGCGCAUGACGAGGUCAAGCGGCAGAUUGUGGCUAACGAGGGACUGGCGCCUGUGAAUCAAUUGCUGCAAACCAACAAACUGCCGCUUCAGCUGCACACGACCAAGUUGGUGUCUGUGGUGACGGCGCUGCCAGAGGCUAGGCGAUUGCUGGACGUGCCAGCCACGAUACUGAGACUCAAGACACUCACGCAAGACGAGAACGCGCUGCUAGCCAGGAGCGCCAAGGUGGCGCUGGCUGCCGUGCAGUGGCGGGCGUAG